GGAUGAUGUCACGAGAUGGAAUGUUGAGUUUAGACACAUGUGGGACACCAACCUAUUUGUCUCGUUUUAUUUCGAGAAUCUCAUGUGACCGCUAGUCAUAUGAUAGACUUCCUCAGAACGACUCACGUGAAUUUUAGUCGUCGCUAAUUCCGCAAGGUGUUCACUGAGCCGCCUGUUCCGGGACCACUGUUGCAACUCGUCAACACAGAUUCAACUGCCUCCCUCAACAGUCUGUAACACAGUCACCAUGGCCUUGAAAGUCUUUGUUGCUUUAUUUCUUUUGACAACAGCAGUGAGUGCCAAGCAGUUCCGUUUAGACAGAGAUGGGCAGGCCUGUGCGCUGGUGGAUGUAAAUGCUGUGUUUAAUGUGCAAGUUGAGCAAAAUAACACAAGAGAAACUGCUGCGGAGUUUAAUCUGGACCAGUUGAACACAACAGUUAAUGGCACUUGUCCAGAGGGAAAUGCCAGCAGUUUAACAAUGAUUGUUGAUAUUGAAAACUUUGCCACUUGGAGACUGAUUUUCUUGCUUAGGCGAAACGAGAGUACAGUUGCAUCAGAUGUUUCUUUUUGUUCCAAGAGAUGCCCUGAAUAACACAGAAUUUACCAAUGAGACAGUUGUAGAGGAUGCUCCUGCUUUCUUGGAGUUGUCUUCACCCGAAACUUCAUUUGAAUGUGACAGCCCUCAGAACUUCAGCUAUGUCACCAAUACAACAGACCCAAACUUCACCUACAUUGUGACGCAAGUUGUCAGUAUGCUUCGUGUACAGGCCUUCAAUCUUGAAAACAGCACUUUCAGUCAAGCCGAGCGUUGUGCACAAGAUGGAUUUUCAACUGAGGCUCCACCUGCAAAUGAGACAACAACUGUUUCAAAUGAGACAACAACUGUUUCAAAUGAAACAACAACAGUAGAACCUACAACUCCCACAACGCUUGCUCCAAUCCCACCUGCUCCACCUGCAGAGCCCAAUACUUAUGUGGUAAACAGCGCCAAUGCCACCUGCAUCGUACUCAGGGCCAUCAUUACAUUCAACAAUAUUACCUAUGAGAAGCGGAAUGGGAAUGAAACUACGCUUGCAACAGUAUCAGUCCCGAUCCCUUUGAUGAACACCACUGCAAACAACACAGUGGUUGAAGGCAACUGUUUCUAUGGCAACAAUGAGCAGCUGCUGAAUAUCACUUUCAAUGAGAACAUGAACCUGCUCAUGGUGUUCUCACGCUUGUCAGAUGGCACAAAUAAUGACUACAGCGUCAAGCAAAUCCAACUGACUGUCCGUUCUCUGGACAGUGUCUACUUCCCAGAUGCUGCCAACCAAACGGCUUCUAUCACGGCUGCAAACAUGAACAUCACCAGUGACUUCAUGAAGGGACAAGCCUCUGGAUCUUACAAGUGUGAUGCCAAGGUGACGGAGACCCUGAGUGGAGGUGUCAUCUUUGAGACCACAAACCUACAGUACAAGGCCUUCAACUCUGACAACAGCACUGAUUUCCCUAGUGACAACAUCUAUGAGUGCUCUGCUGACGAAAAGUCUAACAGCAUAGUGCCCAUUGUUGUUGGAGCCUCGUUGGCUGGGCUUGUUGUCAUUGUCCUCAUUGCCUACCUAAUUGGUCGUCGCCGCAGCCGCCGAACUGGCUAUGAGUCUGUCUGAGCAUAAAUGGCUGGAGGCUCCUUCCUUGUGCCCAUCUGGGUGUUACUGGAUGACUGCUUACAUCUGUUUGUUUGGUUUAUUUGUAUAUGUUUGUCCUUAUUUCUGUCUAAAAUCUCUUUCAUUUGUGAUUGCAAGAGUUUGCUAGUACAGUUGAUAAAGAAAGACAUCAAGGUUUUAUUGUAGUUUGUAAGUAGGAAAUAAAUGACCUGAUUGUUGACAACCUAUUCAUACCUUGGGCCUUAAGCUUACCUCCUGUACUGCCAUCUUGCAUGUAAAAUGGUCAGAAGUGUCAGUGCAGGUUAAGUAAAAAGAAGGUAGGUGUGAAAUUUCAAGUCUGGAGCAUUUCUUUUUCUCUCCCCACUUGUAAUGGGCAAUAGGACGAUCUCAUCCUAUUUCAUAAAAGUAAAUAUAGGAAACGAAUUCUGCAUAACAGUUUGUUGUUUUUUUUUUUUUUUUAUUUUUGCUUCUGUGUGAAACAAAGCAUCAUUAUGUGAUAAUUUCAGAAGGCUUGCAAUCAACUGUUAUCUCGUUUUACUGUGUACCUGAAGUUUUCCUUCAACAUUUCAUAAUUAUUUGAUUGCGUUAUUUUAUUUCUGGCAGUUGAUUUGUAUUUAUUUGGCAAUAUGUCAGAAGAAAAGGGUAUUGUAUUCACAGUAUUUUUGUCACAUCGCCAUAUUUUUAACUACUUUCAUCUUGUGACGGAGUUGAUAUUUCUCCCGUGCCUAAUAACAUUUACUUCAGAUGUAAAUGGUCACUUGACAUUUCACACACAUUUACAGGUUCUUUGCUUUGUUUUUCACAUUGCAGUUAACAUUAUAGACACUUGCUUUCACCUUCCCUGGAAUCUUGGGUCAAUAAUUGUGAAGCUUGCAGGUCUUUUCAAGUAAAAGAGCUAUGUUGACUGUAUGAGAACAAAGCUGGGAAUGGACACCUGAUACACAUGCAUGUUUUUGUUCAUGAUUAUAUACAUUCUAACCCUAACUCUUGCAUGGAGAGUGGUGCAGGAAGGACAAAAAGGGUGGAUUUUGUUACAUGUUGCUGUUUAUUUUGUUGUUGUGCCAAAGUAUUUUUGUUACUUUUGAAGGAUAUUAAAAUCAGCGCUUAACAUCAUCAAUCUUCUUGUACAGUUUACAUAAAUACGGAAAUCUUGGCACUGGUUACAAACAGAGGUAGAAGAGGGUAAUAAUGGAUCAUUAUGCCCGCUGGACAUAAUGUAAUAGAGUGUGAAUAUAAAAAAGUGCUGCGCAUUCCCUGUUUCAUGAAUUUAAACCAAAAAUUUUUAGUAAAUGUGUUUGUGUUAAUGUUUAAUUCCUGAUCACCAAAAAAUUUAUAAAAACAAACCCCAACAAUGGCUGGGUAGAGCUCAAGCCCUAAGAAAUACUCUUAUGGGGUGGAAGGUGGGUGCAGACCUCCCUGCUUUUGUUAUUAUAUCAGUCUUUAUUCAAACAGUCUUUCUAGUCAUCCCUACUAUUUCUGACUUGUACCACACUUGUUUUUCUUGCACCUACUGAUGGUGUUUGUCUCUGUCCUAGCUAUCUAAUCUGGAAUGCAUUCUGAUUGUAACUGGCCAACAUAAUGGUGAUGGUUGCUGAACAUUACACAAGAUUUUUUUUUUCUAUCACUUGAUUAUCAUGUUACUCAUGAUAAUACCCUGAUAAAUAUAUGAUAAGAGCCUGAAUACCCAGAUAAAUAUUAAGGUUGUGUUUUGUUCAUGUGUUUGUGUGUCUUGUAAUUUGCACUAAUAUAAUUCUAUUGCUGUUUUUUAGAGAUUAUUUGGGAUUUCAAGUUUUUCUGACUCAUUGGGGUUUAUUUAAUUUUGAAUUACAUCUCCCAGCAAGUAUAUUACCUGUCUUCAAUGUGAUGUAUCAUUGCUUGUCAGCCGCAGAGUAUGUGUCUGGUAAUAAACAGAUUUAAAAGUUUGAUACUAUCAUCAGGACAUGUUGAUACAAAUAAAGAUUACUGGCUAUUAUCCUGUUUCCUCACCAGAAAUGAGACUGGAAUGGGGUUUACAUGCUUAGGAGGUUGGUACUUAUGUUUGUGUUAUUGAGUAUUUAGGGGAGGGUAGGGGUUACAUAAUUUGCAUGUACUGGUUUAUUUUAUUAUUUGUAAGAUACAUUGCUGCUGUGUUACCAUAGUUACAUCUUUAAUAUUAAAACUAAAAACUGAGAGCAUGUGUGUGUACAUGUGAGAGAGAAGGGUUUGAAUUAAACUUGAUCACGUUGAGAGUUGUACGUAGUGUGUGCAGUGAUCAGAAUUAGAGUUGAUUCAUACUAUCAGUAAUAUUAUCAGUUUUCUUGUUUUUGUAAGUGCUUAGAUGCAUACAGUUUUAAUAUGAUAGGUCAUACUUUAUUGCUUUGCUUUUUUGGUUGUAAUCAUAUAUAUACCAAGUGAAGGCAUGCUUAUAACGUUAUGAUGGAUUUUUGUUUCUAAACUAUGCCAGUCUUAAAAAAAACUGAAAGAUCAAAGAGUUUGAAGUUCUAAAUUUUCCCUCAGGACUUUACAAAAAAGAAAAAUUAUAUACUUAACUGAGAUUUUUUUUUUUUUUUUGUCUUUGCAAAUUAUUUUUCUUAAAAUUACAUGUAGACACUUAUUUGCAGUCUUUACCCCAUUUCCACUUAUUUCCAGUCCCUACCCAUUUCAGUAACUGUCAAAUUAAAUAGCAGAAAAAUAUUGGAAGGUUCUUGCAACUAAAUCGCUAAUGUGUAUUAGAAUGCAUGCUAAAAGUUGUGCAAAGUUGUUUGAAAAAAGAAAAAUAAACCGGUGUCACAUGUGACCCAGUGUAUUCACCCCCCCCCCUUUUUUUUUUUUUUUUUUUUGACAAUCCAUCACAUUCCAAAUAAAUUGCUGAAGUGAUAGCAUAGCUUGCAGUGUUUUGCCCAAACACAGCUGACCUUCCAAUAUUACACAGGACAGGAAAAAUGAGUAGAUAUUUCAGAUCACAAGAUUUGUUUGUGCUGUGAGGAUAGUUAAUAAGUUUUUCAACAGAUGAGCAAGUUGGUAAACAUUUACUGAACUGUGCAGCUUCCAUUAAACUUAGCUUUUCUCUUGGCAGUUUUGAUUAUGUAGUUUUCAGUUUAAAUGAGAAAAGACUUCAUUAUGUGCAUGAAACGUUAUUGUCGCACAUCUUGUCUCAAGCCGUUAUUUGGUCAAAAUUAAAUAGAUAACAGCUCGUAAACAGAUAUAAAUUUUUUUCCAGUGCUGUUCCAUUACAAUGGUCAGUGCUUCUAUUAUUGUACUGUCUAAACAUGUAGCUAAAUUUUCUUUGUAACAUCAAAGAUUAGAAAAGGGAUUACAGGAGUAUUUGUGCAUAAAUAGAAUGUUACCAAGAAAAGUAGAUUUUGAAUUAAGCUUUCUAUGGUUACAGGUAAUUUGUGUUCAGAUAUCACCUUUCUGUCACAGAAAAAAAUGGCACUAGAACAUUGUAAAUUAAAGGGAGUUGCUUGUAUAUUGCAGUUCAGAAAUAAAGUAUUUUUUUACUAGU